GACCAGGAUCAAGCCACUGGAGCAUGAAACGCACACUAGUGGGAGCAGAGACACUGGCAGUGUGGGUCCCCACGGGUACAUUCGUAGCUGUGGCUAUGACAGCACAAACAGGCUCCGCCCAGCAGCAGCAUUAUCUUCAUUACUGCAUUAUCUUCCCUCACAGCAGCUCUGAGACAUGCCCACUGAAUUUAUUAAUCAUUUCUGUAGCUUCAGGAACAUACACAGGAAUACGGAGCUGCCGCUUUCAAAGAGAUUCAAGGAUGAAGAGAAUCAGAUGUAGAACUUUCUGGCUGGCAGUCGGUCUUGGUGUGUUGGUCCUCAGUCUCUGUAGGAAUUAUAGUGACCAAAUAAAAAACCUUCACAAAUGGGAAAACAUAAACAAACGCAUUUAUAAUGAUGAGAGACAAGAGGACAGUCAAAUUAGACAAGAACCCCCAACCCAUUAUGUCUUCCCCUGGCCAAAUUGUCAAGAAAAUACAUCUGCUGCGAACGUCACAGAUUUCAGCUCUCUUCCUGGUCAUAUAAAAGACUUUCUGCACUAUGGACACUGUCGGCAUUUCCCCAUGCUACUGGAUGUUCCAGACAAAUGUGGAGGAGCGAAUAAAUCUGCAGAUGUCUUCCUCCUUCUGGUCAUUAAGAGCUCCCCCGGAAACUACGAACGCAGAGAGGUACUGCGCAAAACCUGGGCUAAAGAGAGGCUACACAAUGGUAAGAAGAUUCACAGGGUCUUCAUCUCAGGAACAACUGAUACUGGUUUUGAAAAACUGAGACAGAACAAACUACUUGAAAUGGAGCAUCGUGAGUACAAUGACAUUCUCCAAUGGGACUUUGUGGACACAUUCUUCAAUCUCACACUGAAGCAGAUACUCUUCCUCGAAUGGAUGGAGAGGAACUGUCCAAAUGCUCGCUUCUUGCUGAACGGUGAUGAUGAUGUAUUUGCCAACACAGACAACAUGGUGGAGUAUCUCCAAAGCUUUAAGGACAAUGAUGGAAGCAAACACCUCUUUGCUGGCCAUUUGAUACAGAAUGUUGGACCCAUCAGAAACCCACAUAGCAAAUAUUUUAUCCCGGUUCAAGUGCAAGAGUCAAAUUCAUACCCCCCUUAUUGUGGUGGUGGGGGCUUCCUCCUGUCUGGCUAUACAGCUAUGGUCAUAUACAAGAUGUCUCAGUCCAUUCCCAUUCUUCCCAUUGAUGAUGUUUACAUGGGGAUGUGCCUGGCCAAAGCAGGACUUAAGCCUUUUUACCAUAUGGGUGUGAAGACUGCCGGAAUGAAUAUUCCCUCCAAAAAAGUGGAUAAAUAUGACCCUUGUUAUUAUAAAGACAUGUUAUUGGUGCACAGAUUCCUUCCAGGUGGCAUAUUUCUUAUGUGGCAAAGAAUACAUGACUCCAAACUGAAAUGUUAAUAUUUCAGUGUUUAGGAGCAUGAGGUGGCAGUAUGCUGCACACAGUUCAUCAACUCUCGGGUUGGUAUCAGGUCAGAGGCGCAUAGCAAUUUAACAUGACAUGCACUAAGAUUGUGUGCAAGUUGCACCUGACAAGAUAAAGUUCAUCAUUCUAAUAAUAAAUCCAGCCUAAAUAUUUCUUUCUUUAUGCAAGCUAAGUUAUGUUUAAAUUAUGAAAUUAUUGUCUGAAUUCAAUUCAUAUUUAGUUGACAAUGACACCUUUUUGACACCAGUUUACAACCAAAAGGGUUAGGGUUGCUUAGGAUAGUUUAAGGAACCAAACAAAUAUUCAUUUGCAUGCAGCAAGCUGAAGCUGAAAGAAAAGAAUUUGCAGGCAACAAAAAAACUAACCCCACCAAAAAACAAAAAACUCAACACAGGCCUAUGGAAACGCCAGGCAAUGUUAAGAGAGGAACCAACAAAGAGGAGCACAGAGACUAAUUACUCAAGGGAACAUUAUAUAAUUGGGCACAAGUGAAAAACAUCCAGGCAGGGCAGACAGUCACAUAAGUGAUGAUCAGAAGUAAAAAUUAGCAACAGACAUGCGAUAAGAAACAACAAAUCAACAGGAGAGAGCAGGAUAUAUAAAGAUCAACAUAGUAAUUUCUUUUGCUUUAGCUCAGUGAUUUAUAUUCAGUGGUUUUAUGGUAAGUUAAGUAAGUUAAGUAAGACUUGGGCAAAUGUUCUGUACGUAUACUCAACAAAAAUAUAAACAACGCAUUUAUUGCCCCAAUUUUCCAUGAAUAGACGCAAAAUAUGCAAACUAAAGAUUAAUUUCUCUUAGAUUUGUGUGACAAAUGUGUUAGAUUCUGUAUUAAUGUGCAAUACAGUCAUCCAUCCACCUGACAAGUGAUUCAUAUAAAGAUGCUGAUGGAAGAGUGUGGUUAUUGUUCAUGUGAGCCUUGGACUGGUCACAAUAACAGGCCACACUAAAAUGUGCAACACCUUUAUUAGACACUGAACGAGUGUCUUAGAAGUGUCACUCUUACGACUGGCUCUCGGUGGCAACAAAACAUGUGUAAGGCACACGUGAUGUGAAAUAAGAUGAGUGUUGAUACAAGUUAAACGUGCAAUGAAGUGUGGAAGUGAGUGUCAGUGUCUGGUGUGACUGCACUGUUGAUCAUGUUACUGAUUGUGGCCUGUGGAAUAUUGGUCCAUAUUGGAGAAAUAAGCCUUUUGUUUGCAUGCUGGAAAUCUUACACCUUUUCCUUGAUUUCAUAGAAAAUGGUAGCAAAAACAAAAGUGUUGCAUCUAUAUUUGUUGUGUGUCAGUGUAAAUCUGUACGGACUUUUUUUAAAUAAUGCAUUGUGUGUAUUACAUGAUUAUAUCAUUUUUGUCAGCUUGACUCCUAAUUGAAUAUUGUUUCAAAAAACACCAAUGACCAAAUUUCAGUUUGCUUACUGACUCUCACUUUUUUUUAAUUAUUAUUUUAAAAUUAGGGACAGCACACAUAAAUGAACAUCCAUGUGUAAAUGUGCCAAAUAUUAUAUAUAAAUUAUUAUAAAUUAUAUCAUAUGUAUAUACUGUACAUAUAUAUAUGUAUAUACAUAUACAUAAUCUGGUCAUACAUGAAUGUAAACUACAGCGUGACUGGUGGGUGGAGGAUAACAAAGACAAGGUGGUGAAGUUAGUUGUAGAGUUAAAACUUUGACUUGUGCAGGGAUAUUAGAACGCCAUGCACACAGGCUUACAAAAAACAAUUCCUCAGGGUUUAGUAAGACAGAUGCUGUCUUAUUCUUUUGUCUGUUAUUUUAUUUUAUUUACUCUAAUAUUCUUUUGUCUCGACAUUCAGAUGAAGGCAUGAGAGGUAAUGUGUAGAUUUUUUUAUAUUUGAUAUGCAAAGUUCGAUUUUUAUACAAAUGUCUCAAACAGAACCACUAUUGAGAUGUUUUGCAGGAAUCAAAGCAUAUAUCAUCAGUUAUGUACAACAAUCACACAAUCAAAUAUCAAUCGUCAGUACUAUAGGCCAUGCUUUAAAAAAAAGUUGGUAUUUUUUCUUUUUCAAUGUCUACUGAAUAAACUUGUCUACAGUA